UGCUAUAAAAGCGCGCUCGGGGGCCGCGUGCUUCUCUUUCUCCGGUCCGGGAGCCUACGGCGGACGCGCGGAGCCAACAUGCCAGUGGCCCGGAGCUGGGUGUGUCGUAAGACUUAUGUGACCCCUCGGAGGCCCUUCGAGAAGUCGCGCCUCGACCAGGAACUGAAACUGAUCGGCGAGUACGGGCUCCGGAACAAACGUGAGGUCUGGAGGGUCAAGUUUACCCUGGCCAAGAUCCGCAAGGCCGCCCGGGAGCUGCUGACGCUGGACGAGAAGGACCCGCGGCGCCUGUUCGAAGGUAAUGCCCUACUGCGGCGACUUGUACGCAUCGGGGUGCUGGAUGAGGGCAAAAUGAAGUUGGAUUAUAUUCUGGGCCUGAAGAUCGAGGAUUUCUUAGAGAGACGCCUGCAGACCCAGGUCUUUAAGCUGGGCUUGGCCAAGUCCAUCCACCAUGCCCGUGUGCUGAUCCGCCAGCGCCAUAUCAGGGUCCGAAAGCAGGUAGUGAACAUCCCAUCCUUCAUUGUCCGCCUGGACUCCCAGAAGCACAUCGACUUCUCCCUCCGUUCUCCGUAUGGGGGUGGCCGCCCAGGCCGCGUGAAGAGGAAGAAUGCCAAGAAGGGCCAGGGUGGGGCUGGAGCCGGUGAUGACGAAGAGGAGGACUAAACCCACCCUUCCAUCCCUUUCAGGGCCCGUGGAUUAUCUAGUUUUCUAGGCCAAUAAUAAAACAGUGUUUGGAAUCGUUUA